AUGAAAGACAGUGAUGCCCUUUCGCCGCCUAAGCGGUCCAGCAUCAGUGACCCUGGCGCUCACGAUCUAGCUGAAUCCUCCGACUCAGAAGAUCACUUUUCCGAUGCGCAAUCCGCCCCCCUUAGCCCAGGAGCUUCGCCGAUCCCUAAAACCCGCGUAGAGAAAGUUGACGAUGAACCCUCAUACGGCGAGGUCCCUGGCACGGAAGCUUACCGCAUGAGGGAGGGCGAUGCCGAACCGGACGAAAUCGCUAUCCAAGAAAAGAAUAGCGAAAAGCCCUCUUCUGAAGCUGCUCCGCCGUCGCCACCAGGCGGGCAGCCCAUUCCCAAAACUGUUGUCGAGGAGGUCCCAGGCACAUCAGGACCGCAUUCAGAGGAGUACCAGGAGAAGCGUAAGGCAGAUGCACCAGCCGACUUGGUUCUCAAGCCGGAGGGCGAAACCAAGGGGGGUGAGAGCAGUUCUGUCGUUGACCUGGUGUCCUUCGUAGAUAUUCCUGUAUCACCUGCGCUCCCCGCUUCCCCAAGUUCCCCUCGCAUGAGGCGGAAGCCAUCCAGAAAUGAUCUGUCAUCUGCUUCUCCAAGUAUCAGUCUUGCACCACCACCUACUGAGGAGGAUGAGGAGAGCGAUGGGGGUGACGAUUUUGGCGACGACUUUGACGAUUUCGAAGAGGGAGAAGAAGCGGACGGUGACUUCGACGACUUCGAAGACGGCUUCCAACAGCCAGAGUUCGAGACCACUGCUCCUGCAUCUGCGCCUACUCUACCACAAGUUCCUACAUUACCAUUUUCCAUACCUGACUUUGACGGUCUAGAUGGUGAAGACGUCCUGCAGGCCGUCGACCCAUACCUCAACACCCUUUUCCCCCCAGAAAACCUAGACGUUUCGGCACCUCCACCAUUAACAAAAGAAAAUCCCAUCUUCCUUACACCGCGGAGCGCAUCCUUAUGGUCACAGCUAGUAGCGCCCCCGCCACUUGCACCCCCUGACUGGAUUCGAUCCCGCAUUAGACGCCUCUUCCUCGUCUCGCUGGGUGUGCCUGUCGACUUGGACGAGAUUCUCCCAGCAUCAAAGCAGAAGAAGCUUGUGCUGCCAUCACUACAAGUCAACUCCUCGGGCUCACCGCGGACAUCCUCGGAGUCACGCUCCAUAUCCAGAGUACGCCAGUCAGAGGCCAACGCAUCGACAACGUCAGUCGAUUCGAAAGGGAAGCCUUCAGCGUCAAAGAAGAAGGUCCCACCACCUGUGCCAGAUCUCGAUCUAGUGUCUGCUAAACAGCUCUGCACGACGACGGAGGAGGCUCUGAACGGCAUGACGGAUGAGGAGCUCAAGGCGCACGUAACAAAACUACAAGCUAUGGAGGGCACGGCCAAGGAGGUGCUGGAGUACUGGACAAAGAAGACGGACGAAAAAAUAGGCGACCGGGAAGCAUUCGAAGGCGUAAUAGAAAACCUGGUCAAGCACGCACGUAAGGUCAGGAAAUAA